AUGCUAUCCAGCCUUCCAUAGAGAACCCUGAAUGCCAUCUCCGCAUGUACGAGUACUGGGACUACAGUAGACGCACAGCAGAGUUAUCCAUUGUAUGCAUGCACAGUUAUUUUCAGCCCAACCUAACCAACUCCUUACAAACUCCUCCGAAACCGUCCAAACACCGCUGCAGGAACACCGGAAAGCCCGCCUGAACCGCCCUGAUCCGCCUUGAUCCAGGGCAAGUCAAGUAACAUUACACCCUGUUUCCGACGGGUCUUGGUCCCUUGGCCCUUACAGCCCUUACAGCCCUCUACUAACAAACAACACUGACCCUUACCAGAGUCCCCAUACAAUUGGCCACUGCGCCUUUGCGAGCACAGUCCUUUCAACUCUACUACAAGUGCCACAGCAUCGUUCCGCAGUUCCGCAGUUCCGCCGCAUCCGCCUCAAACCACUGUGGACAUCUGGAUUGUUACGGCCCCUCUUCUCCACCUUGGCGCCUCCUGUACCGCGCGCGGUUGUUGGCAGCUGCCCUGUUGUUGUCCCCAGCUCACAGACCCCAGUGGAGAUGAGGAUGCACGACGCGCCGCCCAGCAAAAAGUAAGACCGGCUAUUCUGCCCACUCCAUACAAAGCGCACAACACACAUAACACGCACAACACCUCGACCUUGCCAAGCAAUGGGGCGUUGUUCCUCCCUUUCUUCAGCCUCUGUCUGCCGCUCAUCCAGCUCCAGCCAACGAGGAGAGGCUAGGCGCAUUUCGGAAACACGGUGGUGAGGUUGGAGAGGUAGGGCGUGCGCUCCACUCUGUCUCUCUCUCUCUCUCUCUUAGUUACUGUACUUCAUAUAUAUCUUCGUCGAACUCGUCGUUUCUUCGCUCUUUCUGCGUCUUGCGUCUUUGCGUGCCUCUUAUUUUGUGUUCUCUAGUAGUCCCUUUUCCCUUUCACGCUCCUUGUUCCGCCUCGGUCUUGCGUUUCCCCCCUCUUUUUUUCUCCGAACCCCCCGCCAUGGCGCGACGCGCUGCCAUUGCGGCCGUCCUGGCAUCGGCGGCCUCUCUCGUGGCGGCUGCUUCAGUCGGCACAGAGCCAUGUGCUAUUGUUAGGAACCUCUACCUUCGCGGCGAUGCUAUCCCAGCAGCAACCGGAUUGGCAUGUCUAUCCUCCGUCCCCUUCGAUGCAGAUGUCGGCGUAGCGACUGUCCAGAACUUCCAGAAGCUCAGCGAGUUCCACUCAACCCUCGGCGAUAUCAAGAACCCCGGGAAGGGCUACGCAAAUGCGCCCGUCGAUAUCAUAGGCUUGCUCGACCAGUUGAUCGUCGAUAUCAAGGCGGGAAAGUAUACGAACCAAUACCAGUUUGAGGAGCAGAUGGCCCUCAUCACGGGCCUGUCUUUUGAUGGUCACUACACCUUCCUGGGCAACACAUUUUACAGCUCCUUGGAUUGGUACCGGGGUGGUACUGUCAAUGGCGCGUACGAGGGCUCGUUGAUCUCUGUUUCCGCUGAUGGGAAGUCAUUGCCGCAGGUUUACUUUGCCACCGACCUCACCAACCCAGAUGCGUCUCCAAUUGUGUCCAUCGAUGGACAGACUGUUGUAGACUACCUCACAAAGGAAUCCAAACAUCAGCUCUUCCACGACGCAGAUGCCCGCUGGAACGUUCUCUUUGCGCGCCAACAGUCUGACUCAGUUGGAUCCUUCGUCAUGCCCUGGUUCUACCCUGGGUCUAACUUCACUGCUACUAUGGCCAAUGGCAAAGCCAAGACCAUCCAGUGCUACGCCGCUAUCCCAAAGGCUCUCAAGGAGGAAUGGUCCCAGGUCAUUGACGGAAAGAGCUUCUACAGUACCUUCGUUGCCCCCAAGACCGCCUCCACUUCUUCAACUUCUUCAACUUCCUCGACAUCCUCGAGGUCCCUCAAGAAGAGAUAUGUCGAGAAGCGUCUCGUCCCGCCAAACUACCCCCAACCCGUCAUCCAGCACGCAGAGAAGGAGGUCGAGCUCGGCGCCUUCUUCCUCGGCGGCUUUGGCCUCAACCAAGUCGCCGUGCUCAGCAUGAACACCUUCGACCCCGUCGCCUCCGGCGACUCCGUCGAGUUCCAAGCCCUGAUCCAGAAAUUCCUCAAAUACGCCAAAUCUAAAGGCCGCACCAAGAUGGUCAUCGACGUCUCCUCCAACGGCGGCGGCUCCCUCUUCCUCGGCUACGACACCUUUAAGCAAUUCUUCCCCUCCAAAGAACCCGACAUCGGCGCACGCAUGCGCUACUCCACGGCCCUGGACAUAAUCGGCACAGCCUUCGGCACCAUCACCCUCAACGACGCAGCCACCGGCUCCUUCGACAACAACGGCCUCACCCCCGCCGACAUGUACCUCUCCCCCAUUCACUACACCAACUCCGUCGAUGCCGACGAGCUCGCCUUCGCCUCCUGGGCCGAUAUGAAGGGCCCCGUCGUCAUCAACAGCGCUCCUUACACCCAAAUCAUGCGCUACAACUUCUCCAACCCCUACCUCUACCAAGGCGACACUAUCGAGUCCGUCAGCGGCUACGGCCCGCUCGCCGACGUCCCCGCGCAGCCUUACGCCGCGGAAGAUAUCAUCCUCCUCCACGACGGCUACUGCGCCUCCACCUGCGCCGUAUUCAGCGACCUCAUGCGCCGCCUCGGCGGUGUCCGCUCCGUCGUCCUCGGCGGCCGUCCAGCAUUCGGGCCUAUGCAGGCUGUGGGUGGGACGAAGGGCGUCCUCGUGGAACCCUUCGCCGCCAUCGAAUCCUCCGUUGCUGCCACCCUCGCUGAUUUCGGCACCACAGAGCAGAAGAAGAAAUGGCUUCCCUACCUCCCCGGAAAAUUCCCCAUCGCCAUGUCCCAACCCCCCACCGUCAACUUCCGCAGCGGCUACCACCCCGGCAGCGACACACCAAUGCAGUUCCUCAACGAAUCCGCGAACUGCCGCAUGUUCUAUACCCCCGCCAUGCUGGCGAACGUGACGAAUGUCUGGGAGACGGUCGCGCAGCUCGCGUGGGGCAUUGGGGGCGGGUCGGGGCAGGCUUGUGUGCAGGGGAGUUAUUCGGAUGGGGAACCUAUUGGGGAGACGAAGUCGGUGGGGAAGAAGGUCUCGAGUCCUGAUGCGGUGGUGGGCGCGGAUGGGAAGGAGGGGGGGGAUACGAGUGAGGAGUUGGGGCUGGCGGCUGCGGGGAGUGGGAAGGGCGAUACAGCUGCGACGGGGGCGAAGGAGGGCGCUGGGGUGGCGAGGGCGGUGGUGAGCUGGGGGGUUUUGGGGGGGUUGGCGCUGGUAAGUGGGUUGGUGUUGCAGAUUUAGGGUUGGGGUUUUUGGGUGGGUUUGUUUAAAAUGUGUUGAGCGUGGCGUUUUGGGUUGCAUUGGGUGGGAUUAUAUUAUAUCAAUUUGUGCUAUAUGGGACAAGAGGAAAUACUUGUAUGUAGCUAGCAUUAUGGCUGUAUGUGGGACGGGAUGUCUGGGAUAGACUGGGGAUAAUGGGGAGAUCUA